AUGAUCUAUCCCAAUGCAUCCUCACUGAUCUUCCUAAAUAUAAUAUUUUUCAUUUGGGCUGAUACUGUGUUUGGUAAUGGCAAGCCAUGUUCUGCAAUGGGUACUUCCACAGCAACCACUGUGGAGAAGCCAGCCAGUCUGGGAACAAAAAAUCUAUCCACAUUUAAUUCACAAGAGAAGAAAAAAUGCAAUGUGCCCUGUGAUUUUCAAGCUAAAAUGUUAAGAGAAGAAAAGCAUUACAUGUGUCGGAAUUUGCAGAAUUCUCUAGUUGAAUAUGCAAGAAGUACCAAGAAAAUGAUACGGAACAUGAUGGAUGAUCACCAAUCUUCUCUGGAUUAUCUUUCCAAUCAGGUCAAUGAACUUAUGAGUCGGGUAAUGCUUUUAAACACAGACAUGUCUAGAAAACCAGUUGAUGUAUUUCCUCAUCGAGCUGUUCAGUCUCAUGGUUUGGAUUGCAGUGAUAUUAAAGAUACCAUUGGCUCCGUUACAAAAACUCCAAGCGGGCUCUACAUAAUCCAUCCAGAAGGCUCAAGUUACCCCUUUGAGGUAUUAUGUGAGAUGGAUUUUAGAGGAGGGGGCUGGACAGUGAUUCAGAAGAGAACUGAGGGGACAGUUGAAUUUCAAAGGACGUGGUCUGACUAUUUGGAUGGAUUCGGUGACCUUGCAGGGGAAUUUUGGCUCGGGCUCCGAAAGAUUUUCCACGUAGUAAACCAGAAAACUGCCAGCUUUAUGCUCUACGUCGGCUUGGAAUCUGAAGAUGACACGUAUGCGUAUGCCUCAUAUGACAGCUUUUGGUUAGAGGAUGAAGUGUGCUCCUUUAAAAUCCAUUUAGGACGUUAUUCUGGAAAUGCUGGUGAUGCAUUUCGGGGGUACAGAAAAGAAGAUAACCAGAAUACAUUACCGUUUAGUACAUUUGAUGCAGACAAUGAUGGCUGCAAUCCACUCUGCUCACUUCAAGAACAGCCUGUAAAGAGCUGCAGUAACUUUAGUGAGAAAACAGGCUGGUGGUUCAGCCAAUGUGGUCUUGCAAAUCUCAAUGGUAUUCACCGGGUCACGAGGAGGAUGCUGGCAACAGGGAUUCGGUGGGACACCUGGACAAUGGAUGACAAACCAGUCAAAAUUAAAUCGGUUUCAAUGAAAAUCAGAAGAACAUAUUUCAGAUAGUUGAACAAUGUAUCUCUUUCUGAAAUUAGUCUGUGUAGUAGCUCAUCUCAGAUUGAAACACACAAAGUUUUAGCUUAGCAGUCCAUUUAUAGAAACGUUAGAGGCAUUUUGCACACCACAUUACUUAGCAAUUGCACUUCUCGGUACCACAUAAUUAUACUU